CUCCCCCAAUCCUCCUCCACAGGUCCGAGUUUUGUCCACUGUCCGCCAAUCACCCGGCCGGCCAAUCGGGCAGCCAAAUCUUUGCACCAACGCACUGCAGCCCGCCCGAAAUAAACAACACCCGGGCACUCGGGUGCUGUAGCAUGUUGACGGGGCAAUUGGACGUCCGGCAGCAGCAUCUCUCCAUCGGCCCCCUCAGCAACAGCUCUCGGCCAUGUCGACCAAGAGGAUCCCCCUCUCCAGCAGCAAUCCAAAUGUGGCCAAUUCGCCCAUGCGCGCCGCCUCGGGCGCCGGUUCCGCCAAGAAGGCCCGGGCCUUGACUGACCUGCUAGAGGAGCCCUAUGGGAAACCCCCGCCGGCGAAGCGCCAGAUGAUCGACCGUGGAGUCGCCUCGCCAUCGAGAGCAUCGAAGACGACCCGGACUAUUGUCCAGAGGUCGGCAUCGCGAGCGGCAACGACUACCGCCACCACGGGAACCAAGGCAUCUGCCGCGACCUUGUAUACCCCAACCGAGGAGGAGCUGGUGAAUCUGCGAACAUGGCACGCCCAGAUCCGCUCGCGCUUUCCCAAGAUGGUGUUUUAUUUUGAGAGCAUCCCCGACGAGCAGCGGUCCAAGCUAGCGAAGCAAGUUGGCCGUCUCGGCGCUCGCGAGGAGAAAUUCUUCUCCAUCGACAUCACUCACGUCGUCACGACCCGGCCGAUCCCUCCCGAGAAACCAAAGGAGGAACGUGAAGGGCGCCCCGUCGCUCCGGCCUCCCAGGAGGAUAACGAGCAGCCCAAGACGAUCGACCCGUCCCUCCUCAAUCGGACCGUCGACCCUACACGGAGGAAGCUCGUCUAUGACACAGUCCCGGGCCGUAGGCCUGCGAUCCCGAGUCAAGACGAUCCCCUCAGGCGAACCAAGACGCGCACUGAUGUCCUGGACAAGGCUCGGGAGAUGGGGAAGAAGAUCUGGUCCCUGGAGAAACUGCAAAAGAUCUUGGAAAUUGCGCUGAAUCCAGAACAGUACAUGAAUGCUGGACUGAGCCGCGGCAAUACGCAAUCCGCCAGCAAAGCGUCCAAGGAUGAGCGCAACUUGGCGUUGCUGUUGCAAAAUGAACGCGUUAAUGGACCCUCGGAUCGCGACCCAACCGUGGCGAGCCAAGACACAUAUCGCUUCAGGGGUCCGUACAUCUACGUGUACGAUGUCGAAGAAAAGACCAGGCCGAUUAUGGUCAGGGAGUACAUGAAGGCUUCUGACCCCAAGGAUCAAGAGUGGCCGCAGUUCCGGAUCGUGUCGCAGGGCCGAUGCCCCUUUGUCCUUGACGAGAGUUACGACCCCCAGGAGAGGGAGAACCGAGACCGGGACAGGGGAAGGGAGAAGGACAGGAACAGGGACAAGGGCCGGGACCGGGACCGGGAUCGGGAGCGAACCCCAUCCAAAACGCGGGUUGCCAAGGCGGAGGAGGCCGAGGAAGCCGCCGAGCCUGCGGCGCCAACUCCCCUGACGGCCGAUGCUCCGCCCAAGGCCGCCACGGGCAAGCGUACCCUAGCGCAGAUGGAGGACGGGCACAACCGAGGGAUUGCAGAUGGCGGGGCAAGCCAAACCUUUGAUCGGUCCAGAGUGUCGAAUCCACCGACCUUUGAGUUCCGCUCCCAGAACGCGUUUAUCAGUCACGCAAAGGCGGGCCGUCUUCUGGCCGGGGAGCCCGUGGCCUCGGGCAUGCAGCCUUCCAACGUGACGUCGGCGAUUCGGUCGCAAAUGGUUUCGUCCACCACUGGCGGCGUGCUGGGUGCCAAAGCCGGGACGAGCAAGGAAAUCCACGGGCUCCAGCGCAAGGUGGUCUUGCAGAAGGCCAGCACGCCUGGGCUGUCGCUGGACCCGAGCUCACGCCAGGUAGCCGGGAUCUGCCACGAUGGCAACACCACGUUCGUUCGGUCAGCUAGUGCCGGCCAGAUCACGCAGAGGAAACUCGACGUAGCCAAUGAGGAAGGAAGCUCGAGGCAGAGGGAAAAGCUGCGGCGUACAGCCAGUGUUCCGGUUUCGCAGUCAAAGCCGAGGCGUGAUCCGAAGCCGGGGUAUUGCGAAAACUGCCAGGAGAAGUUUGCUGAUUUCGAAGAGCACAUCGUCUCCCGCAAACACCGCAAGUUCGCGGAGAACGACGAAAACUGGUCGCAACUUGAUGCCCUCCUCUCUCAGCUCGCGCGCGAACCCCGGCGAUAAGCAACUGAGCAAACUGGAUGCGAGCGGUAAUCA